AUGGAGGGCACAGAAGCCCCAACCCAACGACCCCCCCUCCCCUGUCCCGAAGGACUCCCCCCCCUCGGCGGCCGCUACUUGGAAUAUGUCCAAGACGCCCGCCGAGCCCCCAGUGUCGGACUCUUGGCCAUAGGGACCGAUGAAUCAGCUAACGCUGAAUUCAUCCUUCCCUAUGCCCGGGUUGUUCAAUCAGUACGGAUAAUAAACAUGCGAGUACCUGAAGUCAUACAGUAUGGAACCAAAGAUUCUGUGACCCUGGAUUGCGACUAUGUCACGGACAACGUCACAGGGCUUGUGGUCAAAUGGUUUUACAUGGAUAAAUCGCAACCGGUGUACCAAUGGAUACCACCGCAGAAGCCACAAGCGUUAGGUCGAUUAAAAAAUAAGCUUGAUCUUAAUUAUAAAGUAUCACACAACCCGUACACCCAGCAUCGAGCGUUGCACAUCAUGUCAUUGAGUCCAGAUCUCACAGGGAACUAUACUUGUGUGGUAUCCACGUUCUUGGCGGAAGAUCAAAAAACCAGGCCUAUGGCUAUAUUUGAUCCGGAGAAAAAAUUCGAUAUGAUAUUGGACAGAUUAGCGGACGGAUACUUGAAUAUUAUCUGCUCAGUUGAAGGCGUUUAUCCAAAACCUGAACUAGUCAUUUUAGCUGGUAAUAGACCCUUAAAUGCAAAGUCUUCAUUGAAAAUAAUCAAUGAUCGUUAUGUAGCGUUGACGAGUGCAGUUGUGAAGGUGGACGCUUUGCCACCCACCGUGGAGAUCUUAUGCGAUAUGCAGGUUGCUCAAUCAGCAGUUCCAGAGUCAUGA